UGGAAUAUCGCCGUAGAGUUACUGGCGCUGGAAUGUCAUUCAUUGGCCCGCACUUUAGAAGAGAUCCGCCGACUGGGACAUCGAAUCUGCACAUACACCAGCGAGUUCACACCGGGAAGAGGCUUUUCACGUGCUCUGUGUGUGGGAAAGGACAUACUCUGUCAGAGUCUGAAGAUACUUCAGCAAGGUCACGCUGCAGAGAAGCUGUUCUCCUGUCCUGACAGGGGAAAGAAUUCAUUCAGCUGUCCAACGUGAGAGCGUACCCGAAAAUUCACACUGGAGAGCGGCUGUUCACCUGUUCCUACUACGGGAGUCACUCAGCCGUCCCAACUGCAAUCACAUCAGUUAGAAGUGGCAAAGAAUUCGUGUAAAGGAACCUCAAACACAACACACCUCUGUUCUGCUGUGUCGGUCCAGAUUUUUAAGGAGUGGCCAGAUAUUUCCUUUGUAACAACAAAAUACCUGUUGUCGAUCCUUGGAAAUGAAGAAGCAUCUCAUCCCAGCUGGACACAUGCUUUGUCUCUGAAAUGUUGUAAGUCGGUGAGAUCCACUGGAACCGGGUUUGUUCAGCAUUUGUUCACUAGAGAUGAGUUCUUCAACUGCAUUGAUUGUGCAAGGGAUUCACUGUGUCUGACAUCUGACUUGAUAAAUUGCCGGAGAGCUGAUAGCAGGCAGGUAUCAUUGACCUGCUCUCAGGGUGGGGAGGGAUUCGCUCACUCAGCCCUCCUGAAGAUACAUCAGCAAGUUCACUCCACAGUGAGACGGUUCACCAUUUCCGUGUGUGGGGAGAGAUCACUCAGUCAGCCCUCCUUCAGACACACCACUGAGUUCACGAGGCAGAGGGACCAUUCAACUGUUCUGUGUGUGAGAAGUGAUUCACUCAUUCAUACCUCGUGAUGAAGCAACAGCCAGCUCACUCCGAGGAGAGGCCGUAUGUCUGCUCUCAGUGUGGGAAGGGAUUCACGCGAUCAUCCUACCUGCAGACACACCAGUCCGUUCACAGUGGGGAGAAACCUUUUGUCUGCUCCGUGUGUGGAAAGAGGUUCACUCGGUCAUCUGAUCUGCUGACACACCAACGAGUUCACACUGGUGAAAGGCCGUACAUCUGCUCUGAUUGUGGGAAGGGAUUCAUUCGGUCAUCUGAUCUGCAGACACACCAGCGAGUUCACACUGGGGAGAAGCCGUUCACCUGCUCAGACUGUGGGAAGGGAUUUACUCAGUCAUCUCAACUGAAGGUACAUCAGCGGGUUCACACUGGGGAGAGGCCGUUCACCUGCUCAGACUGUGGGAAGGGAUUUACUCGGUUAUCACACCUGCAGACCCACCAGACAGUUCACACUGGGGAGAGACCGUUCAUUUGCUCUGAAUGUGGUAAAGGAUUCACUCGGGCAUCCCACUUACGGACACACCAGUCAGUUCACACUGGGGUGAGACCAUUCACUUGCUCUGAAUGUGGAAAAGGAUUCACUCGAUCGUCUGACCUACUAGCACACAAGUCAAUUCAUACCGGGGAGAUGCCAUUCACCUGCUUAGACUGUGGGAAGGGAUUCACUCAGUCAUCCCAGCUGAAGGUACACCAGCGAGUUCACACUGGGGAAAGGCCAUACACCUGCUCUGAAUGUGGGAAGGGAUUCACUCGGUCAUCCCACCUACAAGCGCACCAGUUAGUUCACACUGGGGAGAGACCAUUUACCUGCUCUGAAUGUGGGAAGGGAUUCACUCGGUCAUCUGACCUACUGGCACACAAGUCGGUUCACACUGGGGAGAAGCCGUUCUCCUGCUCAGACUGUGGGAAGUCAUUUACUCAGUCAUCUCAACUGAAGGUACAUCAGCGAAUUCACACUGGGGAGAGGCCGUUCAGCUGCUCCGAAUGUGGGAGAGCAUUCAGUCGGUUAUCCCACCUGCAGACACACCAGGCAGUUCACACUGGGGCGAGACCGUUCACCUGCUCGGAAUGUGGGAAGGCAUUCACUCGUUCAUCCCACCUUCAAACACACCAGUCCGUUCACACUGGCGUGAGACCGUUCACUUGCUCUGAAUGUGGGAAGAGAUUCACUCGGUCAUCUGAUCUACUGGCGCACCAGUCAGUUCACACUGGGGAGAAACCGUUUGCCUGCUCAGACUGUGGGAAGGGAUUUACUCAGUCAUCUCAGCUGAAGGUACAUCAGCGAGUUCACACUGGGGAGAGGCCGUUCACCUGCUCUGAAUGUGGGAAGGGAUUCACUCGGUCGUCCCACUUGCAGACGCACCAAUCGGUUCACACUCGGGAGAGACCAUUCACCUGCCCCGAAUGUACAAAGGGAUUUUCUCAGUCGUCCCACCUGCAGACAGACCAGUCAGAUCACACCGGGGAGAGACCAUUCACCUGCUCAGACUGUGGGAAGGGAUUCACUCAGUUAUCUGACCUACUGGCACACCAGUCAGAUCACACUGGGGAGAGCCUGUUCAUCUGCUCUGAAUGUGGGAAGGGAUUCACUCAGUUAUCCCAUCUUGUCAAGCACUGUUGAGGUCACACUGCGGAGGAAGUUUAAAUAAACUGCGUGUUGGAUAUUUGCCCCUCAUGGUUGCUGUAUCCAGAAGUUCAAAAGCGGCAGUUAAUGUCAGACUGCAGUUAUUGCUGUUGCUCGUCAUACUCAGUGCUCCACCCUGGUCACUGGGAACGGGAGAAGUUUCUUCUGCUGAUUUUCACCUUUAAUGGGACUGGAGUUUAAUAUUCUGCACCUGUGACAAACAAAUAAAUAAAUUCUAUUUUAAACUCUGUCUCAGAUAUUUAGAGAACCUCCAACACACCAUGUGUACAGUAGGGGGUCAACUCAGCCCAGCUGAUCCCUGCCAGUGUUCGUGUUCCACGACAGCCCUUUUCAAUCCAUCCCUGCUGUCCACCUCUCCCUGUGGCAAAGGGUUCCAAAUGGUCACCACUCUGCGGGUGAAGAGGUUUCCCUUGAAUUUCCUGCAUGACUUUCUGCAGACUGAAGGAGAAGAUGAGUUCACUGCAAUUAUGUCUGAUGUUCUUAGUCCCUCAAGAUCUCUGGGCUGAGGAAGAAUGACAUUGGUUGUUAACCUCCUUAUUCCCUUCUCUUUUCUAAGGAUUUGGGACUCAGAGCAAAAUUAUAAUUCUGAGAUGAAAUACAGUUAACGUAUCUAUCAGAUGAGUAGAUAAUCGAUUUCCUACCAAUUGAAGUGGAACAAUGAGAUCAGGUCCGAUGACCAUACCUCGGUAGAUAAAGGGAAUAUUUCAGACUGAAGCCUGAAAGGAAGUCCUGGAUCCGACUUCCAAUGCAUUAAAAUGCCAAUUGGAGCUGCAUGGGAAAUGCAAACUCUUUGUGUCACUUUUGGUUCUUUAGCAAAUCGCCUUUGUCGAAUAUCAUCUGCUUCUGCACCCUUCUGCGGAGUGAGGCCUUGCUUCUUCUACUCUCCCUGGGUGCAUGAUGUAGAGAUUUUGGGCGACGAGUGACCUGUAGCAUUCAUACUGGAAAAGUUUCAUACAUUAACAAUUUCCAACACGGAUGUCUAAUCACCUAUCCUUGGCAUUCAUUAGCAUUGCUGUGGCUGAGUUCAAUCAGUCUCCUCAGGGUCACACUGAUCAGAAAGUCUCCAGGUCUGGCUGUAGAAAUACUGUUAGCUUCUCGUUGGGUACUGGGACAUACCAGAAUUGUUAGACUGUAACAAUGGACUGAGCCAAAUCACGGAUACUGCAGGCAGGAUUGACCCAUUGUGAGACAUUCAGCGAAUUUGAUGGUGAGUACAAAUGCUCGAGCCAUGACCAGGUAGACGAUGAGGAUUUGUUCUCUUAACUAGCAUGGAGUCUCACCGUAACAGUGUGAUGUAAGAGUUUACCUUAGAGACUCUGAAAUUAUCUCAUCUGAAAUUAUGCCCUUCGCCCUUCAAUGCCUUUUAUAAACUUUUUACAGGGUGAAAAAGGCAAAUGAUAUGUGUAAAGCAGUCUCAAACACAAGAACACAUCAGUCCUGCUGUAAAAGUCAGUUCACCAUCGAUCUUUGAAUGCGGCGGUGGAUUUGCUAGAUAGCAUCUAGAUCGAUACCACACCAGUCGCAGCAGGGAGAACCUGGACAUGUGUUCAGUGUAAGGGUGAGAUUUGGAUGAAGCAACUUGGAAAUAAACGUUGUAAAUAGCCUUUGAGUUACUGAAGGGAAUGAACAAAUAUUUCCUUUGUUACACUAGUAUAUCAGUUCUCAGUCUUUGGAAAAGAAAGCAUGUGAUCCCAGCUGGAAACUGGCAGGUUGCAAUCAGCACAAGAUUUAUUAAGAGCUCGGGUGCUCUGGGAGCUUUUCAUCAGGCUGCAAUCAUAAUGAUCUAAUAGGCACUUGGCAGAGGCCAAUAAAAAGAAGUGAGGUGUAAGCAGAGUGGCCAUUGUGCAAGUGGGCAGUGUUAGAGUGGUUAGGUUUGGCCAAGCACAGGUGGAGGUUCUAAGUAAGUUUCUAGUAAGUUUUUUUUUGUGAGUGCAUAGCUAGUGCACUGAAAAUGUGUCCAAAGUUAGUGGCACGUUCCUUGUGUGAGAUGUGGGAAAAUUUGGGAGACCGCCUGUCUCCCUGAUAACUACCUGCAUAAAGUACAUCGAGCUGCCGCUGGAUGACUUUCUGCUCAUAGGGAAAAAUGAGGAGAUGAUAGAUGGGAGCUACAGUCACUUUUGAGCUCCAGGAGGCAGGUACUUGAGUGACUUCAGGAGAGGGAAAGGGGAUAGGCAGCUAGUGCAGAGUAUCCCUUGGCUAUUCCCCUGGAUAAUAAGUUCUGAGUUCCUCUCCGCAUCUUCUGGCACUUUGGGUGGCAACCUUGCCCUUGCACUUUUGUGUUUUUCAUGAGGCCGAGUUGCUAGCUCGGUGCUCAACACUGCACAGAUGGAAAGCAUGCAGGGAGAUGGCCAGAUAUGAACCCAAGACCACUCACCUCACAGUCUGGUGUGGAUGUCACUACACCACUGGCCAGCAUCAAUAUUAAGUAUACAGCUUUGAAUAUAGUUGGGUGGGAGGGGAUGACCUACCUGGGAAAGCCAUGGUGACCUUAUCUCUGGCACUGUGGUUCAAAGGGAAGGAGGGAAAAGAAUGCAGUAAUGAUAGCGGAUUCCAUAGAGAGUUUCUGAGGACGUGAAAGAGUCACGCGGUUGGUAUGUUGCUUCCAGGUUGCCAGGUUAGGGAUGUCUCAGAUCAGGUCCAUAGCGUCCUAAAGGGAGAAGGUGGACAGCUGGAAGUUGUGGUACGUAUUGGUACUGAUGACAUAGGUAGCAAAAGGGAGUAGGACCUGCAGAGAGAUUUAGAGUUAGGCUGAAAGCUGAAAAGGAGGACCUUCAGAGUAGUAAUCACUAGAUUGCUGCAUGUGCCACGCGCCGGUGAGGGUAAGAAUAAGUUGAUUUGAAAGAUGAAUGCGUGGCUUAAGAAUUAGUGCAGGGGCAGGGUUUCAGAUUUCUGGAUCAUUGGGAUCUCUUCUGGGGAAGGUAUGAUGUGUACAAAAAGGGUGGGUUACACCUACACCCAAGAGGACUAAAAUCCUUCCAGAUAGGGUUGCUAGAACUAUUUGGGGGGGAGGGGGGAAUAUGGUUAAAGUAAUAUCGCAGAGGGAUGGUAACUGGAGUGACAGGGCUGAGGAAGGGGCAGUUGGUAUACAACUAGAUGCAGUAUGUAGUGAGACUUAAAAAAGACAUGAUAGGGCAAAAUUGCAGACAGUGCAGUGCGCUUAAGUGUAACGAACAAAAUCGAAAAGGGUGACGAAUGCAGGACUGACGGUGUUCUGUUUGAAUGCAUACAGUAUACAGAAUAAGGUAGGCAAUCUUGUGGUGCUUUUCGAUGAUUUUAAGUUCCCUGGCCCCCACCGCUUUAUUUUCACCAUGGAUGUCCAGUCCCUAUAUACUUCCAUCCCCCAUCAGGAAGGUCUCAAAGCUCUACGCUUUUUGGAUUCCAGACCUAAUCAGUUCCCCUCUACCACCACUCUGCUCCGUCUAGCGGAAUUAGUCCUUACUCUUAAUAAUUUCUCCUUUGGCUCCUCCCACUUCCUCCAAACUAAAGGUGUAGCUAUGGGCACCCGUAUGGGUCCUAGCUAUGCCUGCCUUUUUGUUGGGUUUGUGGAACAAUCUAUGUUCCGUGCCUAUUCUGGUAUCUGUCCCCCACUUUUCCUUCGCUACAUCGACGACUGCAUUGGCGCUGCUUCCUGCACGCAUGCAGAACGCGUUGACUUAUUAACUUUGCCUCCAACUUUCACCCUGCCCUCAAGUUUACCUGGUCCAUUUCCGACACCUCCCUACCCUUUCUAGAUAUUUCUGUCUCUGUCUCUGGAGACAGCUUAUCCACUGAUGUCUACUAUAAGCCUACUGACUCUCACAGCUAUCUGGACUAUUCCUCUUCUCACCCUGUCUCUUGCAAAAACGCCAUCCCCUUCUCGCAAUUCCUCCGUCUCCGCCGCAUCUGCUCUCAGGAUGAGGCUUUUCAUUCUAGGACGAGGGAGAUGUCUUCCUUUUUUUAAAGAAAGGGGCUUCCCUUCCUCCACUAUCAACUCUGCUCUUAAACGCAUCUCCCCCAUUUCACACACAUCUGCUCUUACUCCAUCCUCCCGCCACCCCACUAGGAAUAGGGUUCCCCUGGUCCUCACCUACCACCCCACCAGCCUCCGGGUCCAACAUAUUAUUCUCCGUAACUUCCGCCACCUCCAACGGGAUCCCACCACUAAGCACAUCUUUCCCUCCCCCCCUCUCUCUGCAUUCUGCAGGGAUCGCUCCCUACGCAACUCCCUUGUCCAUUCGUCCCCCCCAUCCCUCCCCACUGAUCUCCCUCCUGGCACUUAUCCGUGUAAGCGGAACAAGUGCUACAUAUGCCCUUACACUCCCUCCCUUACCACCAUUCAGGGCCCCAAACAGUCCUUCCAGGUGAGGCGACACUUCACCUGUGAGUCGACUGGGGUGAUAUACUGCGUCCAGUGCUCCCGAUGUGGCCUUUUAUAUAUUGGCGAGACCCGACGCAGACUGGGAGACCGCUUUGCUGAACAUCUACGCUCUGUCCGCCAGAGAAAGCAGGAUAUCCCAGUGGCCACACGUUUUAAUUCCACAUCCCAUUCCCAUUCUGAUAAUGUCUAUCCACGGCCUCCUCUACUGUAAAGAUGAAGCCACACUCAGGUUGGAGGAACAACACCUUAUAUUCCGUCUGGGUAGCCUCAAACCUGAUGGCAUGAACAUCGACUUCUCUAACUUCCACUAAGGCCCCACCUCCCCCUCGUACCCCAUCUGUUACUUAUUUUUAUGCACACAUUCUUUCUCUCACUCUCCUUUUUCUCCCUCUGUCCCUCUGAAUAUACCUCUUGCCCAUCCUCUGGGUCCCCCCCCCGUCUUUCUUCCCGGACCUCCUGUCCCAUGAUCCUCUCGUAUUCCCUUUUGCCAAUCACCUGUCCAGCCCUUGGCUCCAUCCCUCCCCCUCCUGUCUUCUCCUAUCAUUUUGGAUCUCCCCCCCCCCAACUUUCAAAUCCCUUACUCACUCUUCCUUCAGUUAGUCCUGACGAAGGGUCUCGGCCUGAAACGUCGACUGCACCUCUUCCUACAGAUGCUGCCUGGCCUGCUGCGUUCACCAGCAACUUUGAUGUGUGUUGCUUGAAUUUCCAGCAUCUGCAGAAUUCCUGUUGUUUGAUCUUGUGGUGCAGUUAGAGCUUGACAGGCAUGAUGUCUUGGGCAUCAUUGACUCAUGGCUGAAAGAAGAUUAUAGUUGGAAAAGAUUCACAUUGUAUCGAAAGAAUAGGCAGGUAGGCGGAGGUGAUGAGUGAGCUCCACUGUUCCCUCUAAGCUGGGAGAUUGUGCAGCCACACAGUAACGGAAAUGCUCUUACACACAUCGCCUUUGUUGCCACACGGAUGGAAUUUUCUUUUAUGUAAUGUCAAUAUUAUUUUGAAAUCUAUGUUAAUAUAAUUGUGAAAUAGUGUGUAAUUGUGUGUUAACGAAUAUAAUCCAUAAAUAUUCUAAAUAAAUGUACCACAACAUUUACUUUGAAACAUUUUAGAGCUUUAGCAUAUUUAUAUUGUCAAUGUUUCAACUUACAGCGCUGUUACAAAUUGUAACAAUAAGCACAGAAUGGAAGCCAGUAGCUCCUUGUUAAUAUACCGUCAGCCACUGAACACCAACGCCAUCUAGUCAAAACAUUUUAUUUUUGCCAUUGCAUUUGUCAGUUGUUUUGACUGCUUGGCAUCGUUUACUUGUGUUGUGGUUUGUGUUUGAUGUGAAAUUUUUUUGUAAUCAAACUUUAAAAAAAAUCAGCGUAAUGAGAGAUUUUUUACUUAAAAUUGUUAGAAAAAUGUAAAAACUUUUUUUAUAAAAUUGUUUGCAUGACUAGUUAUAUUAAAAUUAUAAUUUUUUCGGCUUACCUUGUUAAAAUUUUCAAAUAAUAAUUAUUAUAUUUGUAUUCUCUAAUAAUAAUUAUUAUUUUUGAGUAUCCUAAGGAUGUCAUAAAGAAAAGCUGAAGAGUUAAAUGCUUUGAAGAACGAAGCUUGUACAAAAUUUAAGGUAGAAUUGCUUUUUUGCAGCUUGUAGAUACAGAACUACCAUCUUCACAUCAAAAAAGAAAAUUGACAAUAUUUUCACAUAAGAAGAUACUUGAGAUGUAUGCACUAUUUGUGCAGCAGUGAAAGUAGAGGGUGAGCUCAGUGGUGGAAAGAAAUUGGAAGAAGGGAAGCUAGAUUACUUGAAACGUCUUAACCAGAGAAUUCAUAUAGGUGCCAUUAUCAAAUUACACAACCAGAAGAAAUGUGGAAUUUUGCACACGUUAACUGAAACUCCAAAAAAGUGUGAAGCAAGAGUGAAACAAGAUGUUUGAAAGAAAUCUAACUCUGAUCUGGUCUAAGUGGUAGUUGAUAACAUCAUCUUAGCAAUUAAAAUUUAAUGUUUUAUUCGGGAAAUUCAUGCUAAUUUGGCUAAAUCUGUUUAUAUCCAAAGAGUUGGCACAAUGAGAAUGUGUUGAGUGCAUCAACUUUGUGUUUCAGAAACAGAUAAUGGAAGAAUUGUGGAAAUCUGCUUUCCAUACACUAAUUGCUGACUGAAGUACAGACAUUUCUGAACUGAAAAUGACAAAUUUUUAUUUUGUUUCUGCCGGAAAAUGAAACUUCCUAUGAGACUGUUGUGGGUAUUUUGAAACUAACUGUAUGUAACAGUAUCACUAUGGUUGAAGCAAUCUUGAUAUUCUUAUGUUUACAUCAGAUGGGGCAAAUGUUACGCUUGGCAAGAAUAAUGAUGUGACAAUUCUUUGAAGCGAAUGGCAGGGUUUUGACCCUGCUGCUAUUGCAAACGCAACCAAUUCUGAAUGUUGUGAGACUGACAAAAGAAUACUCAAUUACUAUUACAAACUAUGACGAAAGUGUUGCAUCGAAAAUAUUGCAGCAAUACUUUGAUUUCAAAUUUGUCAUUUCUGAGAAAGUUAAGACUGUUUCAAUUAAGAAAUUCACUGACAUGUUGAACUGCGUGCUUAAAAAUGAAGAAUCUGAAGAACUGUCAAUCCUUGUCGGAACAUUUCAAGCUUCUAGUGCUAACUGUGAACUUGGAUUCAGUCUUAUCAAUUCACUCAGUUGUAAAUCCAGAAACAAACUAGAAGAGGAACAUUUGGAUGAUCUAAUGAGGAUUGAUAUGUGUCUUUCAUCUGUGAAGUUAACCGGACAGUGUUUAUAGACUAUGGAUUUGUAGUAAAGAUGGAUGAGAAAUAAGUUUACAAAACAUGAAAGAUUUUCUUUGUUGUACUGUAUUUCAUUAUACCCUUCAAUUAAUAAAUAAA